CGCACUUGGAUGACAAACAAAUAAUCAUUUUGUUUCAGCUAUUUGCUGCCAUUUUUAUUGAACUAUAUUUUGUCAUGUCUCGUAUAAAUUUUUGCUAAUAUUGCAGUUGAAGGAUUAUGGUAGGGAGAGACUCUACUCGUAUGAGGCCUCCCUUAGAUGACUAGGCUGUAGCACAGAAUUUUCGUAUAAAAUUGGUAGCUAACGAAAGUAGAUCUAGAUAACAGAAAAUCAAACAUCAACAGAAAUCAUAAUCAUUUCAGGCGAGUGCGAGUAGGAGGGGGAGGAGGAAUCUCUCUGCACUAUGAGAACUUCUUGGAGCUAAAUCCGGCCCGCACAUUGCUGGUUGUGGCCGAUUUCACGGUGCUCCUGCUGCUGCUGCUGCUCGUCUUGGUCACGGUUGUGGAGGCAUUACUGCUGCUGCUGUUGAUGCUGUUCUUUGUCGUAGUACUAUUGUUAUUAUUAUUAUUAUUAUUAUUAGUGUUGUUGUUGCUGGUAGUGGUACUGCUGACUGUUGUGAUGCUGCUGCUGCUGGCACUCAUCAGCAGAGGGCGACGUGGCGGCAUUCGUUCAUUGACUGCAUCCAAGCCCUUGGCCUCGGCGAACGAGUGGAUGUGCGAGGCUGCGGUCAGCCCUUGGAGAGCUGUAUAAAAGUGAAAGUUAAGUUUAAUAAAGAUAGAUAAUAAUAAAAGUCGUAAGAGUCAAUGUAUAUAAUAUAUAUAAAUCUCGACCUUUGGUAUACAAAAUUGCCGAAAUUAAUUGGUUAAUCGAACCGGAUAGGCAAUUACAAACAAAUGUAGUUAAUAGACCAUUGCAGCUUAUGGACGGUCCUAUCAAAAUCCAAAUCAAUAUUUAUAAACAUUAUUUGUGGAAAUGAACCCAUCUCUACCCAUAGAACUAAUUUAGUUCUCGACUGCUUUCGAAAUGAACUGUCCAGUGCGGUUUGCGGUGCUCCUUUGUCUGGUGGCUGAGAUCCAUUCAAAGUUUGAGUUCACCAACAUGCAAUGCAAUACUCUGGAUGAAACAUAUGCCAAAUUUGAUUAUUGUUUUCUGAAGUCAGUGAAUCGCAGCUACAAGUACAUUUCCUUGAAAGUGAAAUUGUUGCAGACACCCAUUACCAAUGCCAAGAUAAAUGCCGCCUUGUAUCAACGUUUCAGUGGCUAUAAGCCAUGCCUUUAUAAUUACACUGUGGAUGGCUGUAAGUUCAUGAAGAAUCCUCGGACAAACCCUGUUGCCAAUUACUUUUUUGGACUAUUCAGUAGCCACACGAAUUUUAAUCAUUCGUGUCCUUAUGAUCAUGAUAUUAUUUUGGAUAAGCUUUCCAUCGAUUUUAUAGAUGAUAAAUUUACACGUGUUCUGCCCUUUCCUAAGGGCAGUUACCUAUUCGAAACCCACUGGUAUUGCGACAACAUCAAACGUGUCGUUGUCAAAGUUCAUGGAACUCUUUCGUAA